AGCAGCUGUUAGCAGAUUCCAGAACGGCGCUAACUAAGAACCUUCUUCAAAAUUUCGCAUCGAUGGCAGAAUCAAAGCCUCGCUGUAAAAAUUUGGUUUUAGAUGCUGGUCCAUUGCUUUCGCUUUCACCCUUGAGGGGCCUGGCAGAGAUCUACCUCACCGUACCUCAAGUCUUGGAUGAGCUCAAGGACAAACGCGCACGAGAACACUUUGAACGAUUGGGACUAUCUGCGGGUGUCCAAGUGGAUGUGCGCAACCCUGACGCUGCAUCAUUUGCUCAUGUGGUACAAUUUGCGAAAAAGACGGGAGAUUAUGCUGUCUUGUCUCAUGCAGAUAUCUGCGUCUUGGCGUUAACCCACUCGCUUCAUGUACGCGAGCAGGCGUCGUCUGAGAAUGACUCCAAAGAGAAUCCCAAAGAGAGUGGUACCGACGAAAUUGACGAUAACGUCCAAAGUCCCCCAGCUUCCCCUUCGGAUCCAUCGGACGAUAUCCACCAUGAUAGUGAGCAUGACGAAUGUGAAGAGAGGGAACCGUUAGAAAUCGAACUUGUCCGAGAAGGGGGCGACGAUAUAGCGGAUGAGACGCUUCAUUCCUCGAGUGACGAUUCUCGACCAUCGGACCAGCCGCUAUAUGAAGAUCCUUCUGAUGAGGAUGACGGCGAGGGCGAGUGGGUUACACCUCAAAACGUUGCACUACACAAAUCCCAAGAGCUGCAUUUAUUGCCCUCUGGCAGUAGUGCUAGUAAGAAAGGGCGGGGACGAAAGGAGGAGGACGAAUUCGUACCAGCAGGUUGCAUGACUGGAGAUUUUGCAGUUCAGAACGUCUUGUUGCAGAUGGGUCUGACAUUGGUCGGGACCGAAGGCAAGCGGAUACAGAAGGUGAAGAGCUGGGUUCUUCGAUGUCACGCGUGCUUUAAGAUCUGCAAAGACAACUCAAAACAGUUCUGCCCGUCUUGCGGUAAUCCAACACUAAUGCGGGCGUCGGUCACUGUUGCGUCCCCUGACGCAUCACCGGAUGCUCCUGCAAUGCAAGUCCACUUGAAGAAAAACUUCCAGUAUAAAGUAAGGGGGACGAAAUAUUCAAUCCCUGCACCCAAGCCUGGGUCGGCGAAGACAGGCCCUGGAGAAGGUCUAGUAUUACGCGAGGACCAACUAGAAUACAUGCGCGCUAAAAAGCGUGCAGACGGUAAACGAGACCGGGAGGAGCAGCGAAUGAUCAAGGGCAUGGUUGAUAAAGGUGGCGAGGGUGGCGUCAGUGUUGGUGGCUGGUCAGAUCCUGAUUGGAUGCCAGGAAUACUGAGUGUUGGGACUGGAGGACAAGGGCGGUCGUUGCGCGCUGGCGGAGACAUGCCGCCAAUAGGGUACGGGAGGAAGAACCCCAAUGAAAGGAAGAAACGGAAGUGAUAUAGAUGAUACCCAUUGCUGAAAAGUACAUUACCCAGUUAAUCGGGACGGGAUAUACAUGUUCUCCUUUGAUUUACGAGCCCAGGCUGCGAUUCAUGAACCUUCUUUUCUGGAAUGCCAUC